AUGUCACUUGAUGAGGACAGACUGGAACCCAGACUGCGUGAUCCAGACUCUGGUGCACCAACCAUCAGUGCCUCUCCGCGUGGCAAGAAAAGGAAUUCAUCCGUUCAAGAUCUGUGUGACUCUCCCUCAAAAAAGCCCAAAAUAGACUGUGCAAAGGCCCCAAAGCAGAAGGGUGCUCAAAUCAUAGGUGAUGACAAAAGCGGCCCUUUCCAAGAACAAGGUAAAACAGCUGCACUGUCAAAACGAGCAUCAAAGGGUGGUAAACAUAAAAAUGAAAUUACAUCGCAGUCUGGUUCAUCAGACCUACAAGAAGUUCGCAGUGCGGCUAAAGCAACAAAAGAUAAAGGCAAACAGAGGAAGGCAAGUCCUUUGACACAAAAUCAUGUAGCUACUCCAGAGGAUCUCCAAAAGUCACCAAGGAAGGACAAGGUUGUGGGGAAAAAGUUAAAACUGGACCUAGAAGGAGAAGAGAAAACGAAGGAUGAAUUAAAGGCUGGAGAGAAGAGUUCAUCUGAAGAGUCUAGUGAUGAUGAGGGUGUGGAAUGGGAAGAUGUUGAUGAGGCAAAAGUUGUUGACCAUGUGAUGGAUGAUCACACAGCCUCCACAUCACAACACCAUCACUCACCCAGCAAAAAGAAUGUUGAGAUUAGCAUCACAGUACCUGGAGCAAAAAAGAGGAAGAAAGGAUGGAGUCAGGAAGAUGUUAUGAAAUAUAUUAAACGAGCAAUCAAUAGAUUUAGAAAAGAUGUUUCUAUCAAAGUUCAUAAGGUACUUGGCAAAAUUUUACAGCCUUUAGAUUAAUUGCUGACUGUUCCAAAUGUAUGC